AUGCCAUGGACCUCUGAGGAGCCAUAUGGUGGUUUUACACAAUGUAAAAAUUGCACGGUACAUUCUCUAUUUAAAACUGAUCCAACGAAAAUAAGUGUCAAACGUCAAGAAGCAUUAGGUGGUGAUCCGAAGGAUUCGACAUUACAACUAUUUCGUCGUCUGUCGAAAUUACGUGAAAAAGAGUCGUUUCAAUUUGGUUCAUUAAAAACGGGUUAUACACUAAAAAAUGGAGCCGAUAUCUUUUGGUUUAUUCGAGAAUCGGCAGGUUAUCGAGGAUAUGUAACAUUAUUCAAUAUGGGUUUACAGGAAGUUAUUCAUUUAUCUCUUCAUGAUUUGAGUAAUUUUACUGUACCACACGAUGUCCACUAUGAAUAUCAAUGGCCAACAGUCAAAUUACCUGUAAAUCAAACAAUUGACGCUGAUAACCUUUUAGUACAACCAAAAUCUAUUACCAUACUCUCAUGGGCACCGAAACUAAUUAAUCCAAGAAAGAAACAGUAG